AUGGCCGAUCAAGUGGAUCCUACCGCUGGCGUUGACAUUCAAGUGUCCUCGUCUUCGCAAUGGUCGGAGCACAAUGCGCCCAAUGGACGAAAGUAUUAUUAUAAUGCAGUUACGGGCGAGUCCACGUGGGAAUGCCCCGUAGAACUGUCAGUAGUUGCUUCCGAGCUUCCUCGUGGUGCUGCUGCUUCUCAACAACAACAACAAUCGAUUGCUGCUGGUUUCCAACAGCCACAGCAACAGCUUGGAGGUCAAGCACCACAAGGUGCAACAGCUUAUGGAGGUUACCCACAACCAUACGGUCAACCCAUGCAGUAUCCACCUCCGUACGGUGGCAGUGGCUACAUGUACCCAUUUCCACAGGCUUACGGUUACCCACCGCAGAUUGUAGGUCCUGGUCCUCCGAUUCAGACCACGGAAAGCGGCCAAGGACCUCCUGGGUGCAACCUAUUUGUCUUUCACAUUCCGAACGACAUGACUAAUCAGGAUCUCUUCAAUUACUUUGCUACGUUCGGCAACGUGAUCAGUGCUCGUAUCAUGGUGGAGAAGGAGACGGGAAGGAGCCGUGGUUUUGGUUUUGUCAGCUAUGACAAUGCUCCGUCGGCUGACGCCGCAAUCAAGGGGAUGAAUGGUUUCCAGGUUGGCCGCAAACGCCUAAAAGUGCAGCACAAGAAGGAAAAGAGUCAAGGCCCUAUGUUUGGUGAAAUGUCUGGUCACAUGGAUAGCAACGGUAAUGACAUGGCUGUCCAGGCCGCCGGUGCUACUUCGCUGCCCUCAGGCAACUAG